CGGUCGGGACUUGCCCUUUCUGUUGCUUCUCGACCAAGCAACAGCGGCGACAAUGGCGGCGAUUUCUACCUCCGUCGCCUCAUCGCCCUCAGUCAUCCUCUUCAGGCAUCCCAAGGAGAAGCCUCUCACCUUCCGCUGCUCCGCGCAGCCUCGAGACGGAAGGAAAGCCCCUCCGCUUCUGCAGUUGGUCGUCGGUGGCGUCACGGAGCUCCUCAAGCUCCUUUCUCCCAGAAUACAGAGAGACGAGGAUGGAAAUGCAGGAAAUGCGCCUUCUUUGGCUCAUAGCGUAGAUGAUGUGGUUCGGAUUCUUCGAGAAGACUACGACCGUGCUUAUUUCCUCACAGGGGAUUUCACCACAGACAUAUAUGCUGAUGAUUGCUUAUUCGAAGAUCCUACAAUCAGCUUUCGUGGUAGAAAUCAGUAUUCACAGAACCUGGACUUACUUGUUCCCUUUUUUGACUGUCCAUCUCUUAAACUAGAGAAAAUUGAGAAGGGUCGCAAGGUUGAAAUGGACUUCAUCAUAACAACAUGGCACCUAAGAACCUACUUGAAGUUACCUUGGAAGCCUCUCAUUGCCAUCAAAGGAACAACCACUUAUGACCUAAGCAAAGAUUUCAAAAUCAUGAGACAUGCUGAGAGUUGGAACGUCCCUGCCCUUGAAGCAGUCGGCCAAAUCUUUAAACUAGGCUCUGCAGAGGUUGAUGGGUAAUCCUCAUCCAAGUGAGCCUCCACUCUAAAUUGCAAUUUUCACAAUCUGUUUUUUUCCUUGCAUAAUAUGUGUUACAAGUAAAUUAAUCACUUCUUUAGUAAAUAUGGUAUCAGAGCUAUAUCUGACUUUUCUUUGAA